AUGGCAGAUUCUACAUCGGGAACGUGGGAGAUGCAGUCUCCCCAACGAGAUGCCAUUCACCGCGAAAGGGCUUUCCACGAGCUCGAUGACUCAACCACAACACAAGAAUAUCAACAACAACCUCAGAAUAGCGACAGCCGCUAUGCAUCAGCGUCAGGAAAGCGAGCUGCCACACUGAUAGGCCAAGCAAUCCUGCAACUCCCAAUCUGGGGCUUCGCCAUGACCUACGGCAUCUUCCAAGAAUACUACAUCUCGCACUGGACGCUCUCGGGUCCCUCCUCCGCAACGGGCGUGAUCGGCACGACGCAAAACGGCGUCAUGUACAUGAGCAUGCCCUUCCUCUUCGCGGUCUUCGCUCGGCGCUGGGCGCGCUGGCGCCGCCUCGCCUCCCUACUCGGUGUGCUGCUGACCGCUCUAUCAUUCCUGCUCUCCAGCUUCAGCACCUCGGUGUCGCACCUGAUCGUGAGCCAGGGUGUUUUUGCGGCGUUGGGCUGCGCGCUAGUCUAUUCGCCUACCACGCUGACGCUGGGCGAGUGGUUCACGGACGCGCGCCGUGCGCUGGCCUAUGGCGUGGUGCUCUCCUGCAAGAACAUUGUUGGGAGCACUUGUCCCUUCCUGGUGCGUCAUCUCCUUGACGUGUACGGCUUUCGCGUGACGCUGCGCAUCUGGGCCGCCAUCGCCGCCGCCUCCGCUUUCGGCGCCAUCUACCUGAUCCCUGCUGCACCACCGACCGCCGCCUCUGUCGCUGGCGAUGUCACCGAAGCGAACGAUGGCAGUGACCCACACCGCCAGCGCAAAGUCCCCUGGCACUUCCUGCGCCACCGCACCUUCCACAUCUACGCCGUCGCCACGAUGCUUCAGUCCUCCGGCUACGGCAUCCCGCAGACCUACCUACCCAGCUACGCCGCGGACAUUACGACGCUCUCGACCACGGCCAGCACGCUGCUCCUGACCCUCUUCAACGUCCCUGGCAUCCUGUCGUCCUCAUUCUUCGGCUACCUCUCGGACGGCAAGCGUUUCUCCCUCUCCGCCAGCACCGUCACGUGCAUUGCCGCCUUCAGCUCCGCGCUUUCGGCCUUUCUGCUGUGGGGGCUGGCGUCGUCGCAUGCGUCGGCUAUGCCGUUGCUGACGCUGUUCAGCAUCACUUUUGGCUUCUUUGCGGGCGGGUAUAGUGCGACGUGGGGAGGGGUAAUCGAUGAGUUGGAGCGGGAGAGUCGCGAGCGGAAUGAAGCUAUUGAUACGGGUGUGCUGUAUGGCAUGUUGAAUGGAGCAAGGGGUAUAGGAUACGUUGGUGGUGGCUUGGCGGGUGUGCCGCUGUUGAAAGCUGGCGUGGGCAGUGGCAUGCACGGGGGUGCGUAUGAAACGGAAUAUGGUCCUCUGAUCGUCUUCACAGGACUGUGCAGUGUCUUUGGCGGAUGGAGCGUGGUCUGGAAGACGUGGAAGAGAUUUAAGUCUUGA